AAGGUUAGGCUGCGCGCGCUGGAGGCCGUCGUCUGCUGCUGUAAUUCGGCUACAGUGGGAAGGAAAAUAUUGUUUAAAGUCGACUUUUACCCACCCACGAAUAAUCCGUUUCGCUGGGAUUUUACGCUACUCCUUCCUUACAGAGAAAGCUUCUCGCUAAAAGGGCAGACCGGGACAGUGAGUCGAUUAGCGGCCCAUGCAGCCAUAACAAGCCCGUGAUACUCCACCAGAUCACUGGAGAAGGUGACCCCCUCGCCCCCCUUUCCUCUCCCAUUUCCUUAGCUUCUGUCCCCUGCCCCCUCAUAAUCAGCCCAGGGACCCUCUUCCUAAUAGCCAGUUAGGAACGUUGGGUCUGUUCCUCCCCAUUCUCCUAGCCUCCAUCUGUCUCUCUAACUCUGACCGCUCAUCGGACUCCCCAAAAACAUGUCCUCCAUCUUGCCUUUCACUCCACCUGUGGUGAAGCGUCUGCUGGGCUGGAAGAAGUCGGCCAGUGGUUCGAGCGGAGCGGGAGGGGGUGGAGAGCAGAACGGCCAGGAGGAGAAAUGGUGCGAGAAGGCCGUCAAAAGCCUGGUGAAGAAGCUGAAGAAGACGGGCCAGCUGGAUGAGCUGGAGAAAGCCAUCACCACACAGAACCUUAACACCAAGUGUGUUACCAUCCCCAGCAAUUGCUCUGAAAUUUGGGGACUGAGUACACCAAAUACGAUAGAACAGUGGGAUACCUCAGGCCUUUACAGCUACCCUGACCAAACCAGAUCUCUGGACGGGCGUCUGCAAGUGUCUCACCGUAAAGGUCUGCCUCAUGUCAUCUACUGCCGCCUGUGGCGAUGGCCCGACCUGCACAGCCACCACGAGCUGCGCGCCAUCGAGACCUGCGAGUACGCCUUCAACCUCAAGAAGGAUGAAGUCUGCAUCAACCCCUACCACUACCAGCGGGUGGAGACGCCAGUUCUUCCGCCCGUCCUCGUGCCAAGACACACAGAGAUCCUGACUGAGCUCCCUCCUCUGGAUGACUACACCAACUCCAUACCUGAAAACACCAACUUCCCAACAGGGAUAGAGCCCCCUAACAAUUACAUACCAGAAACUCCUCCCCCGGGAUACAUUAGUGAGGAUGGAGAGGCCAGCGAUCAGCAGAUGAAUCAAAGUAUGGACACAGGUUCUCCUGCAGAACUGUCGCCAAGCACACUCUCGCCUGUCAAUCAUGGCAUGGACCUGCAGCCAGUGACUUACUCGGAGCCUGCGUUUUGGUGCUCCAUAGCUUACUAUGAACUAAACCAGCGGGUGGGAGAAACGUUCCACGCCUCUCAGCCUUCUCUCACCGUGGACGGCUUCACAGACCCCUCCAACUCAGAGCGGUUCUGUCUGGGCCUGCUGUCCAACGUCAACCGCAACGCCACCGUGGAGAUGACCCGGAGACACAUAGGUCGAGGGGUCAGGCUGUAUUAUAUUGGUGGGGAAGUGUUUGCCGAAUGUCUUAGCGAUAGUGCCAUCUUCGUUCAAAGCCCUAACUGUAAUCAGAGGUAUGGCUGGCACCCGGCAACAGUCUGUAAAAUCCCCCCAGGCUGUAACCUGAAGAUCUUCAAUAACCAGGAGUUUGCGGCACUGCUGGCUCAGUCAGUGAACCAGGGCUUUGAGGCUGUAUAUCAGUUGACCAGGAUGUGCACCAUUCGCAUGAGUUUCGUCAAAGGCUGGGGAGCCGAGUACAGACGGCAGACGGUGACGAGCACCCCGUGCUGGAUCGAGCUUCACCUGAACGGCCCGCUGCAGUGGCUGGACAAGGUCCUGACUCAGAUGGGCUCGCCCUCCGUACGCUGCUCCAGUAUGUCCUAAUCGACACGAUCAAGCUCUCUGUCCCCUGCCCCCCCAAAAACGACUGAUUCUACAAUCACAUCAACCGAAAACAAGAACAACAGACUUACUAUAACCCCACCCCCUCUUUCUCUAUCAUAGUACUCGUGAGCCUUUCUCUAUCUCUCUCGUCUCCCGACACUGACGUUCUCAACCGUUCGGACCAGAACGCAGCACUUGCUGUCUCAUCAGCUUCAUGCACCUUUAAUUCUCUCUUAUUUUUCUUUCAUAAACCCUCAAUAUUAAAUGUAUUAGUAGUAGAAUAUGAAAUGUAUAUUGGUUUUUUUAUUUUUAUCUGGAUGGUUUUCAAGAAGGAGGGAAGGUGCGUAUGAUGUGUGGAAGUUCAAGAAGGCAGGAAAUAACUUCACACACAACACACACACUCACACACAUAUUUGUAGCAGUAAGGCUCCCCCCCCCCUUGAUGAAGUAAAUACUUUUCCUGGAUGGCGAUCCCAAUCCGGUCGUUCAAGGAGGUUACUUUUUCUGGCAAAAAGUCUCAUUCUUUGUUUUUAUACACGUUAUGAUUGUGUAGAUUGGCGCGUUAAGACUUAAUCAUGUUUUUCGAUUUCUUCAGUAAUGCCAAAAGAUACCUUUUUAUUUUAUUAUUUUCCAAUUUCUCCCCCCCAAACCACUAUAUAUGAAUGUUGCCUUUGAUUCGAGGUAUGCUGCUGUAAGACAUGCUUCUAUUAUUCAAAUUGAUAGGAAUGUUUAACGCAAAAAAAAAAAAAAGCCCAUCGUUCAAUUCGAACUUCAGAAUGAACUUUUUAUCCACUGGGUGAAAUAUUCACUAGUUGGCUGUGGAGUGGUUUUCAUCAGAAAGUGGCUUCUUUUAAGGACGAACAAAUAUUUUCAAAGGUUAUUAAAAUGCCUCAUGCAGUCCAAAUCUUUAAAAAAAAAAGAUGAAAAAACAAACAAACAAAAAAUCGAAGUAUUUAAGCUUUAAGUGUUAAUAAACUAGGUUAUCCUUCACACAAUUACAAGAUUUUUUUUUCCCUUUAUCUUUCUUUUAGCUACUUUUUGUAUUUUCAUGUAUUUUUAUAUAUAAAUAUAUUUAAGAUCUUUAAAGCUCUCUUCCUUUUUAUUAGAAUUGAAUAUUUUUUUAGAUCAUGCCCUCUUUUUAAAGGAACAUGGCUUCAUAAUGAAAUGUCCUAUCAUACGAAAACGUUAUUUAGCAUGAAACUUUUAUAAGCGCAAAUAUCUUUUCUCUUCUUCCAAUUCAAGCUGUUGUCCCAGUUAACGUUUUGCCCUGAUCUUGAACCUGCCCCCCAACCCACACACACACACACACACACACUUUGAUUUUCUUUUAGUUGCUUUUCCUCCCAUGUUCACAACACGAACACGAUACUGUUUAACCCACCGCCCCUCAAACUACGGCUACCCGAUGGGGACAUUCAGCCUACGGGAACAUCGCUGUGUUUUAUUUGUUUGCAAUUGGGGAAAAAAAAAGACUUCCAAACAGGGAGAACUGUGCAACUUUAGUGUGUGUGCUCGUUGUACAACUUUUACUAAUGACUGUGAUAUAGCUGUCUGUUAUUCUUUACUUGUUGUGGCAGUGACCAGGCGUUGCAAGUAUCCAUUCCCCUCUUCCCACCUCUGUCUCCAUCUUUUCCUCCAUUGAUCUUACUACUCUUGCGAUUGUACUUUAAGUGCAUCUAGUAAAAAGCUGACGAAGAUGUUGUGGCCCGUUUUUAAAGCCCAUAAGCGGCCAACAAGACACUGGGGACGUUCUGUUUGCCAUUUUUGACUGGGUGUGGAAAGAAAACCAAAUAGAACUGAAAGUGGACCAGACAUAUAUGCAUAUAAAUGUGUAUAUAUAAUUUUAUUUUACUUUUUCUGUAUUUUUUUUUUUCUCCUUUUGCAAAGCAUUUAACAGUUGGUGAGCUUGUUUUACCAUUAGAGAGAUGUAUUGGUAGGACGUGAACUUCAGGCGAUAAGCUUUUCAGGCGUGUUGCAUAUGCAGACUUCAUAAAUACACUAAUAAAAAGUUUUAAUUCUCAUGUUAAA